AAAUUUUUGUUUUGGUUAGGUUUUUUGGUUCUUCAUAACCUAAAAAAAUCUAUAAAAUAGGUACGAGAAUAUUUAAAUAAAACAUAUUCUAGCUUUGAUUCUUUGUAUCUUGUGUAGAUGGCCACAACUUUAUCAUUAUGAACGAUAUUCUUAGGCCUGAACUGUUGUGGAUCGAAGGGAGAUGUUACAGAGUGAAUGAUUCUACCAAGGAGGUUUCAACGCUGCAAGAACAUGAUUUAUAUGAAAUUGAUGCUCCUUAUAAUGAAUUUGAAGAGAAUGACACUGAUGAUGUUGAGUGUGAGGUUGUGCAGGUGGAUGGCGGUCGAUUCUGCACUAGUUUCCAUGUCUCCAAACAUUAUAUGGGAUCUAUUAUAGGGAAGAAAGGAGCUACUAUAGCAAGAAUCGGCAGAGAUACUAGAACAGAUAUUAAAGUACCAAGACAGGGAGAAAACAAAGAUAUUACUGUAUUUGGCCCCAGUGUUUCAAAUGUCAAAGCAGCAUUUAGGAGAAUUAACCUUAUCGUUAUGUCAUCAAGGAUGAAACAGGCGUUUACACACUUUGUAUCUAUUCCUAUAAACUCUCCAGAGGUUGUGAGAAAUUUUGAAAAUUUUAAGGAGAGUGUACUUCGCGAGUGUCCGGGCAUAGAGGAUUCUCUGUUCAUCAAGCCGGGUAAACUGCACAUAACUGUUGGCGUGAUGUGCUUGAUGGACAACGAGGAACGACUCGCCGCCUCCAAGCUACUCACUGAAGCUAGGGACAAGUAUAUUAUGCCCAUGCUCGGAGACUAUUUGCCGUUUAACAUCAGGUUGAAAGGUUUGUCGUACAUGAACGACGACCCCAGGGCGGUGCACGUGCUGUACGGCUGCGUGGAGGAGGACGGCGCUCCGGCCGGCGUACUGCAAAGGGCGAUCGACGCGGUGCACGCACACUUUUAUAAAGCGGGUUUCAUGGAAAGGGAGUUCAAUCGCGACAGCGUCAAAAUGCACGUUACAUUACUCAAUUCAAAAUUUAGAGAGGAACAAAAAGAGACGGGCUGCGAAGACACUGAUUCGGCAAAAUCAAGAAACCACAGAGAAUCCUUUGAUGGCUCCGAGAUCCUGUCAAAGUUUGCAGAUUACGACUUCGGUGUGACUGAAUUCAGCAAUAUCCAACUGUCGCAGCGCAGCACCGUGGGGCCUGACGGGUUUUAUCAGCCGACUUGUGUCGUUUCUUUUAUUGAUACGAAGCAAUAAAGGUUUUAUUUUCACGCUAU